AUGGAUAACAUUAAUCGAGUACAAGAUUUUGUCGUUCACCUUCAAAAUCCAGUGGUCUUACAAAGGAUUUUAAAUGUGAAUAAUAUUAAUAAAAAUUUGCUCGAUCAAAUUCUACAAAGAGCAAAUAAGAGAAGAAUUCUUACUGCUUACGGUCUACUUAAAGCGAGAAUCAAUGAAGAAGGACGUUUAAUAAAUUUAAUUGAUGGAUUUGUAAUUGGACAAUCUACAAAUAUAAUGUGGAAAAGUCUUACAUCUGCCGAAAAAAGUACAUUGACUACUUUCACAAGUCAA